AUGGAAAAAGAACAAUAUCGUUCGGUGAUUAGAUUCUUGUUUUUGGAAGGGAAAACGCGCAGCGAAAUCAAAGAUCGCUUGGAUGCUGUGUACGGUGACUCUUCUCCUUCGAUGGCGACCGUCAAGAAUUGGUUUAACGAGUUUGUUCGUGGCCGCACGUCAGUUUUUGACGAGCCACGGCCAGGUGCCCCGAAAACAGCUGCUACAAACGAAAAUAUUAAAAAAAUCCACGAUCUCGUGUUGGCAGACCGUCGAUUGAAAGUUCGCGAGAUAGCUGAGACUGUAGGCAUCGCAGAAGGAACGGUGCAUCAUAUUCUUCACGAAGAACUGGGCAUGAGAAAGCUGUCGGCGCGGUGGGUGCCGCGCUUGCUCACACCGGAAAACAAGCGCAACCGUGAGACCACAUCGGCGACGUGUUUGGCGCUGUUUCAGCGCAACCCGGCGGAGUUCUUGCGUCGUUUCGUGACCGUCGACGAAACAUGGAUUCACUGGUACACACCAGAGACCAAGGAGCAGUCAAAACAGUGGACUUCACCGGGCGAACGUGCUCCGAAAAAGGCGAAGACUGUUCGAUCGGCCGGAAAGGUGAUGGCCACCGUUUUUUGGGAUUCACAAGGUGUGAUCUACAUUGAUUACCUCGAGAAGGGGCGCUACUAUGCUGAGUUAUUGGGCCGAUUCGAUGUGGAAUUGAAGAAAAAGCGGCCCCGUUUGGCGAAAAAAAAGAUUAACUUUGAUCUCAACAAGAUGACGGUCGACGUAGAAGAACCAAUUUUUAUUGAUUUACAAAAAGCUUUCGACACAGUAGAUCAUGGCAUAUUACUCAAUAAACUAAUAGAUUUGGGUGUAGAGGGUUUGUCGUACAGCAUUAUCAAAAAUUUCCUCAUGGAAGAGGUGGUAAGGACGAAGGUGGUAAAUUUCACAAGUGGAGGAUGUGGCAUAACCUGUGGAGUCCCACAAGGUUCUGUAUUAGGACCUUUAUCAUAUCUAUUAUACACCAAUAACCUUAAAGGCGCAAAAUUAAAGGGAAGAGACAUAUUAUAUGCAGACGAUACUGCCAUAGUAUAUGCAGGUUUUCAAGCUUCACUAUCACUACAGGACACACCUAGACCCACUGCCAAAAGAUUGAUGUUUAAUUCUGAGGAUAAUUGCAUUGCUCAAUUCAGUGGUCAACAAACCGCAACAAAGAAACGAGAACAGUGUGGAUAA